AUGGACCCGUCAGUCGACACGGGCAAUGAAGAGGGCAUCAACGAGGUCCCCAACGCCGUCACCACCUCGUCCCUCGAGGCCCAAACCUACGGCACCCGCAUCCCGCCAGAGCUCUUCCCCGACGGCGCACCAGGAGAGCCAGCAGCCGCCAACCACGUCCCGGGCAACGACGAGGCCGACACGGUCCGCGCAGGGCCCCUCGCCGCAAACGGCCUCGCCCACGACCCGCAACCGCACGACGACGCCCUCCCCGUCCCGCCUCAACAGUUCCAGGACGCCGCAAAGGACGCCGAGGAGGCCGCUCAAGACGCCGUCACCAAGGCCCCGACCGACGACGAGGACGACGACAUGGGCGACGACCUCUUUGGCGAGGGCGCCGACGACGACGACGACGACGAGGACAUGCACGCCGAGCCAGCCGCGCCUCAAGCCCCGCAAGCCGACCGCUCGCCCGCCGACGACCUCACGGCCGAGGAGCGCCAGAUCCGCGCCGACCUCGAGUACAACGAGCGGCCCUACGACGGCGGCGACGCCGACGACGCCGACGACCAAGCCGCCGCCGCCCAGAUGGUCCAGCACGAGGAGGUGAUCGCCCAGAUCCCGCUCGCCAACUUUAGCGUGCCGGCCGGCAACAAGGUGUGGCACGCGCGCAUGCCCCACUUCCUCCAGGUCGCGACGACCGCGUUCGACGAGGAGACGUGGGAGCCCGAGGACGCGGCGCUCGGUGCGGGCUCGACCCAGCAGGACAGCCAGGACGGCCCCGGCGGCGGCGACGACGUCAAGCCCCGCACGGUCCCGGACGAGAACGUGCUCCGGUGGCGGUGGACCAAGGACGAGCUCGGCCAGGUCAUCAAGCAGGCGAACGCGCGCGUCGUGCGCUGGUCGGACGGUACCCUGUCGCUCCAGCUCGGCUCCGAGAUGUUCGACAUGACGCUCGCGCUCGACGACUCGGCGACGCUCACGGCGUCGGGCGCCGCCUCGGCCGCGGCCCAGACGACGGGCGGCGUCAACCCGCAGACGUCGGGCCUCGUCGCGUCGGCGUUCGACCUCGCGCGCGGUCACGGCCUGACGUACCUCUCGGCGCGGCACGCCUACGCCUCGUCGCCCCUGAGCGAGACCCAGGCGUCGGUCCACGGCACCAUGUCGUUCCGGCCCGCGACGCUCGCGAGCCAGACGCACCGGCGCCUCGCGGGCAGCAUCGCCGGGCGGUACGCCAACCAGGGCCGGCGGGGCCUCCAGAAGGCCGACAUGCCGACGAUGGACCCGGAGAAGAUGCGGCAGCAGCGGGAGCGCGCCGAGGUCGACAAGCAGAAGAAGGCGCGGCGCGAGGCGGCCAAGGCGGCGGGGCGCAGCGGUGGGCGCAGCGGGGGCCGCAAGGGCGGCAAGAAGGCGACGACGAUCGAGGGCCUCGACUCGGAGAGCGGCGGCGACGAGGACGACGAGGACGACGAAGGGACCGGGUACAGCGGGUACCGGCGCUCGCAGCCCAAGCGGGGCAAGGGCGGCCCGCUCAACCGCGACUACGAGGACGAGGACGACGAUGGCUUCCUGGUCCAGAGCGGCGACGAGGACAUGGAGGACGGCGAAAACGACCGCGAGGAGCUCGAGGAGGCCGACGCCGCCGUCGAGCGCGACGCUCGCCGCCGCAAGGACCGCCAGAAGCAGAAGCAGAAGCGGCGCGACUACGAGUCGGACUCGGACGACGACGACGAGGGCGGUGCGGCGGCAGAGGAGACGCAGGCGGCACCACGGCGCAGGCUCGUCGUCGAGUCGGACGAGGAGUGA